AUGGGACACGAAUACGUGGAGCUCAAGAAUACGCAUGCGGCUAUUGAAUCCUACCGCCGAGCCGUGGAUGUAAAUCGGCGGGAUUACCGAGCUUGGUACGGCCUUGGUCAGACAUACGAGGUGCUUGAGAUGCACACCUACGCUCUAUGGUACUACAAGAAGGCGGCUGGCUUGCGACCUUGGGAUGGCAAGAUGUGGAUGGCUAUAGGGUCGUGCUUACAGAAGAUGGGCCGAGAACGAGACGGCAUCAAAGCGCUCAAACGCGCCCUCCUUGCUGAUACGUACUAUGACUCGACCAGCAGCAGCUUCGGCAGUGCGGGUAUUGAUCGCGCCGCCCCGGGCCAUAUGGAUCCCGAGAUCCUUCUCCAGAUCGCUUCCAUGUAUGACAACCUCGAUGAAGUAGACGAGGCGAAGGCAUAUAUGGAACUUUGUGUUGCACAAGAGGACGGGAGCUUGGGGGAUAAUCUGGGCGACUCUGUGGCAAUCCAUAAUGACUCUCCCGGAGGUGCAUCAGAUGACGAGGAUGGAGGUGAAAGGAAUGGCGGAGGUGAUGGUACGGGAGUUACAGCAGCGACCAGUAAGGCUCGCAUGUGGCUUGCCAGAUUUGCCAUGCGCUCUGGUGAUUACACAACAGCCAACCGCCUUGCGACUGAGCUAUGUCAGGAUGGCCAGGAUGUGGAGGAAGCCAAGGCUCUCAUAAGAGAGGCUCGGGCGAGGUUGGAUCCAGACCAGGCGGGUGAUUAG